AUGGUGUCUGGAAACAUUCCGGGCGAGAGCAACGCGGCUCAAGUCCGUAUUCCUUGCAUAUUCUUUUUCAUCUUGACGCCCAUCUUUCUCUUUAUUCGGGUUUGGAGUCGGAUAGCCAAGAGGUCGGGUUUGGGCUGGGAUGACUGGACUAUUCUGAUAUCUUUUAGUACUGACAUUGACGACAAAGCAACAACCGCUUCGUCCAUCUGGCAGUGCAAGCCCAUCAGAGGGGCCUGGGAUAAGUCGGUGCAACCGACAUGUAUCAGUCUUACUAAGAACUGGUAUGCGAACGCCGGCUUCUCGAUCGCCACCGAUGUCUUGAUCCUGUUGUUGCCCAUGCAGCCUAUUUGGGCAAGCCAACUGUCGGUAGCUCACAAGAGAGCGCUCAUGUUGGUGUUUGCUAUGGGAAGCUUUGUCACCGUUACGUCCAUCAUGCGCGCAACAACACUCCGCUUCUCAACCACGAGCCCCGAUAUAACAUACGAUAUCGCGUCAACCUUAUGGACCAUGAUCGAGGAAAACAUGGCAAUCAUCUGCGCCUGUUUGCCCAUGUGCCGCAUGCUCCUGGCGAUUCUUUUCCCAGCCUGGUUUGCCGGAUCCAAGGCAUCAAGCUCCGAGGACUAUACCCUCAGCGACAGGUCUGGAGACCAGCCUGGUGUGUGGAAGCCAUAUGUCGGACCCCGGCAUGCUGAAGGUUUCAACCAGAGCGAAGUCCUUCGCACUGACGGAGCAAGUGAGGAAUACAUCUUGGACUCGUUGAAGGGCAACGAUGCACCUAGUGAAGUUAGGAUUGUGCGGAAGACCACAUACGGGGUCACCUACGAGACUGAUACCGAAGCUAGGAACGAGUAUCAACGGGAAGCGUAA